AUGGCGAAAAGGAUCGCUCAGAGCUCCGUAAACUGGGCCGCUUUGGCUGAGAGGGUGCCCGCGGAACAGAAAGGAAACCUUGCUGCUUUCAAAAUCAAGUCCGAUGGCUAUCUCAGAAGGGUGUUGGCUAACCCUGCUGAGCCACCCAAGAUCAACUGGGCUGCAUACAAACAGGCUGUCCCCAUCCCCGGAAUGGUCGACAAUUUCCAGAAGCAAUAUGAAACCUUGAAAAUCCCAUACCCAGCUGAUACAUUGACCUCUAAAGUUGAAGCCCAAUGGGUUGAAGUUAAGAAAGCCAUUGAUGCUUUCGUUCAACAAUCUAAUGCCACCAUUGCAUCAUACCAGAAACAAAUUGAAGAAACCAAAGCGAUCCUGCCAUAUGAUCAAAUGACCAUGGAAGACUUCAAGGAUGCUCAUCCCGACCUUGCCAUUGAUCCAAUCAACAAGCCUACAUUCUGGCCGCAUAAUGAAGAAGAACAACUUGACUAUGUCGACCCAGACAAACAAGCACAUGCCUCACAC